AGCUCCUGUACAGUAGGACGUCGAAUGAGGAUGGCAGGGCUUGUUGUUUUCUGGCUCUUUCAACCAUGAUCGAUUACGAGUAUAGUGUGUACAAUUGUGCGUUCUUGUUGCGAUAUCGCGGCAGCGUUUUCCCCUUUGCCUGCUUGGUGGCCUUUCCAUGCACCCUUGCCGCCGCACUGUUGAAGAGUUUUACACUCCACGAUCCAGAUUUUAACAUGUCGGACUGGCAAUUGCUGGCAGAUGGCAGCUCUGGUGCUUGGAGCGGCUUCAAUUUCCUGGUUGGCUUUGUCAUCGUGUUCCGAACGUCCCAGGCAUACACUCGCUUUUGGUCUGCCUUAGGCGACACCCACCAGAUGAUGGCAGCAUGGUUUGAAGCGGCGAGCAGUGUUGUUGCAUUUUCAAGGAGCUCCCCUGCAGACAUGUUGGUCGUUGAGAAUUGGCUCCACACUGUGAUUCGAUUGUUCAGCCUGCUGAGUGCAUCCGCCUUACAGGAACUGACGGAUGUUGCAUAUCACCACACUUGGGGAUUGCCAACCUUGGAUGCAUCUGCGAUUGAUCCACAAAGCAUAAGCACUCUUGAUGCUUCGUCCUGCAGAGUGGAGCUGCUUUACCAUUGGAUCCAGCAGUUCAUCUCAGAUGGAGCUCAGCUAGGCGUGCUCACUACACCUGCACCUUUGCUAAACCGCACCCUUGCAGAGCUGGCCAAGGGAAUGGACAAAUAUCAAGAUGCGAUGAAACAUUCCAAGAUCCCUUUUCCCUUUCCCUAUGCGCAAACUACCUUGGUGCUCUUAAUCUUCCAUUGGAUUCUGACGCCGCUGGUCAUGGCGCAGUGGACAACUACGGUGUUUGGAUCCGCAGUCUUCACCUUUGUUCAGGUAUUUACCUUGUGGUGCCUCAAUGCUACAGCUGUGGGUUUCGAGCGGCCGUUCGGGGGAGAGGCAAACGAUAUUGACCACAUCGACUUACAAAUGAUGAUGAACAAAAGCCUCAUCAACUUGAUGGAACCACGAUCUCGCCGACUUCCCUUCAUCCCAGCUACAACGUAUCUCGACAUCGAGGUACUACGGAAAAGGGACACAAUCCACGCGGCUGCAUUGCAGCAGGAAGGCUGGGAGCUAAAGGAUAUAGACUGGAACGCAGGUAUCGCUGGUAUGGCAGGUGCUUUCCAAGCUUGUUGUCGUUCCUGCAGUAAACGACGCAGACCUACUGCAGGGCGCAGCCUCAUUGCAGUCUCUACACGCUACAGCAGCAAACGUUAUUGUGAAAUAGACGGAGAAAAGACAGCCGUGCUGACUGUCGGAAUCGUUGGCUCCGAAUUGUUCUUGGCACUGCCAGCCCUUCCAAAUGACACCCGGAACACGUUUGAAGUGCUCAACGUCGCAGGGCGCCCCUGCACAUUGCGAGCAAAGCGGAUCCCAAUCCAACAAAGACAUUUGCUGACUAAAGCACCAGAUCCGGCAUGGAAUGACGAUUAUCGUGAUUUUCCACCGGAGUACAACUUUGCAGCUGAAGCACUGGCAAGAGCAUACGAGAAGCAGAAGGGGUCAAGAGCAGAGGUAGGAAGACAUUCCCAAGGCGAAGAGGCCAAAGUGAUGAGAGGUGUGUCCCAGCAUUUGCAAGGAGGUCCAGGAGAAGCAGCACCUGAAGCAGAUGACAAGGGCCCAGUCCUUCCAGGUGCAGUGCAGGACCUUAAGGACCCUAUGCCAGAGGCUCCGAGUGGGUCGAGUGAGAGGAAGGUGGCACCUCUUCCCGCCGGUGGGACUGGAGUUGCUACACAGCCAGACGCUCCUUCCAGUGAAAAGCCCAGCGAAGAACACCUGUCCGCGAGGAAAGAAGGUCCGAGGGAUGUGGUUCUUCCAUGGAUGCGAGAAGCGGAUGAAGGGAAGAAGCCGGAGGAGCCAAAGCCUCCAGAAGGAGGGCAAGUCCUUCCAUGGGGGGCGCAGAUAACUGGAAAGGAGGUUGAAUCGGCACCAGCUGAGGAUGCAAAAUGUGACCUCGAAGCUGGAGCACAGGACCCCGAGCAAGUCAUGCAGGAUGGCAGGGAGGUCACCGCUGCAGUGAGUUUCCCCAAGGGUGUGGAACAAACGGAGCAUACGCCCCUUGUGGUCGAAAAAGAGGCACUUCAACAUGCGGACACAUCGGGCUUGAUUCUGGCUGCAGAGUCUGCCCUGGCUACUCAAGGCCAAGCCUAGCCUGGAACUAUGCAGCCUCCCGCCCAAAACGGGUGAAAGGUGACAGCAGCUAGAUCAAACUACUUGUGGCUGGCCAAAGGCCAGCUGGCCCACCGGGUGCACAACGCAUCGUGCGGAGUGGAGUAGCCCACACCACCUCUAAUCGGAUUGCUGCCUGCAGCUGACAAAACUGGUCAGCCGAAGGGAGGAAAA